GCGAUCGGAGAGCUCAGUAGCCUGCACGACUUCGCGUUGUGCGGACAUACGAGUACAUACUCGAACGUGAUCGUAAAACUUAUUCGUAACAAAUAAAAAAAAAAAAAAAAAAAAAAAAAAAAAAGAGAAAAAGAAGAAAAAAAAAACAGAAAAGAAAAAAAAAAGAAAAAAUAACUGAACUUUUACGACGAGCACUACUGUUCUCGACCGAGAACGCGAUCUUCGUGGUGGAUUACGUGGCAUCGAUCGACUCGAUCAUAUCGAUCUUUUUUUUAAUUAAUUACUACUUCAACAAUUUGAAGUAAUAUAUACAUAUACAUAUAUAUAUAUAUAUAUUACUUUACAAUCCUCAUAUAUCCAUCUUGGAAGAAUCUUAGUCUCGAAUUUAUUUUUAAAAAAUACCAACGAUCAAUUUUAUUUCAACGCGAAACGUUACAGAACGUGAAUGAACUUUAUGGAAUGCGUUGAAGGAUUUAGAGAAAAGAGAGGGGAGAAAAAGAAAGAGAAAAAGAGAGAAAGAAAACUAAUCUUCCUUGAAAUGACGUAAAUAAGAAAUUAUCCAUUUUACGAAAUUCUUCGCUCGAUUAUCCGGAUAUCAUGGAGAAGAAAUAAAUAAUAAGAAGAAGAAGAAGAAAAGGAGAGAGAGAAAGAGAGGGAAAAAAAGAUAAAGAGAGAAAAAGAACGAUCUUGGAGCUGUCAGAAAACAUUGAAGGAAGAAGGUACUUAGUACUAGUCUUACGUUUGCAAGGUCCGCUCGCGCGGACGAGUUAUGCAAUUACAUUUGUAAUGGACCAACGCUGAACGUCGACGGUACCAGCAAUUCGUGAUUAUGAAAGGAGAAUCGAUUAUUGAGAAUGAUAAUAAAACUCGAUCGAAUUGAGAUAUAAGAUUAUUCGAUAAUUUUAUUCAUGAACUGUUGACGAACAAAAAUACGAAGUACGAAGGUACUAAAAAAAGAAAAAGCAAAAAAAUAAAAAAAUAAAAAAAAAAAAAAUAAGAAAAGAAGAAAGAAAAAAGAAAGAACGAAGACAAUGAUGUUGAUCAAGAGUUUCUUUCGGCGUAUCGCCAAAGAUUUUCGGCACAAAGAAUUGCUACCUCUCAAAUUGAUAUUUUUCGUUCAAGCAUCGACGCUCUACGUACUUUAUCCUUAUCUGACGAUUCACAUGAGAGAAUUAGGUAUAAAUGUAGAAGAAACAGCCAUAAUGAGUGCCGUUACACCUAUCGCAGCUAUAGUGAUGCCACCAUUGGCUGGGAUGUUUGCCGAUCGAGUUGGAAAUUUUCGGAUAUUGUUAUCAUUCUUUUCUUCUCUUGGCGGUGUAGCAGCGUUACUUCUCUUACUCGUUCCAAUAGGCAGAGUUACAGUCGAAUUUCCAGAGAGAGUUAUAAUGGACGCGAGUUGUGCAAGUAAAAAUGGCGAGCUCAUAUAUUCGAUGAGUCAAAGUCACCCUUGCGAAACGGAUUUGAGCUCAGAGAUUGCUACGAAGAUAGAGAGCUGUGGCAUAAAGACGUGUUUUAGGUAUGCCUGUCACAUAGACGAACAGAAUGAAACCAAUUCGCAAGCCCUAUUAACUUCGAGAUUGUAUACGAUUAUGAGUUACGAUUUUAAAAUGGGUGCCAAUGAUUCGUUCAAGUAUACUGCCUCUUUGAAUAACAUCCCACAGGACAUCGGUCAAAUACAGGACAUGAGAAUAAAUCGUAAAUUGAAAAACAAUGAAUUCUUUAAAACGUCGGUUCGUCGUUUGUCAAAGAACACUUAUUUCUUCCCAACAAAUUCACUUUACGAAUUCUCUUGCAGUCCGUCGACUUUUCUCGAGAAUUUUGACUCCGUCAAAGUUUACGAAAAUCGAACCCUAUGUACUUUCGGACAAUUCAUUGAUUCGUCCAAUGAGAAAAUCGAUCGAACUAUGAACAGACAAUCCUAUUUAUCGAAAUUAAAUAAAUUGGAAACGACGGAGGAGGACAUAGAAGAGGAACGACAAAAAUUUAUCGCAGAGAAAGUAUCCUGGAAUGGUGAAAUUUUUGAGAAAGUAAUUUGUAAAAAUUUUAACGAAGAUGAUCAAACGAUCGUUGUAAAAGUUCCACUCCUUGAUUAUGCCCAAAGUCCAGAGCCAUAUCAAAUACUCGAUAUUGAGAAUUGUGUUAAAAAAUGUAUCGUUACAAUGCCCCGAAAGGAAGUAUGUUUGAACAUGGAUAUGCAAGUCGAGUAUAACAUUACAUUGACGUUCUGGUUAUACCUGGUGAUUAGAGUAUUUAUUGGAAUCAUCGGUGGAACCACCUUCGCCAUGUUCGAAGGUGCAGUUAUUGCAAUAUUGAGAGAACAGGAGGCGGAUUACGGUCUUCAAAGAAUUUACGGAAGUAUCGGUGGUAUGAUUUCGUCUCCGUUGUCUGGUCUUUUGAUAGAUUAUGCCAGUAGGGAUAAAGGAUACACGGACUUUAGACCAGCAUUUUAUUUAUACGCUGCAUUGAAAUUGAUAUCGGGUUUCCUUAUGUUAGCUAUUAAUUUGGAAUUCAAAUCACCUGCGACUAAUGUUGUCAGCGACGUUCUCACAGUUCUUAAGAACGUCGAAGUGGUUGCUCUUUUCAUAGCAUGUUUUAUUCUCGGGACCGCUUGGGGAUACAUCGAGUCUUUCCUCUUUUGGUUGAUCCAGGAUUUAGGAGGUUCCAGAUCACUCAUGGGAAUUACUAUAACGGUCGGUGGUAUAGCAGGAAUUCCUUUGCUCGUUCUUUCUGGACCAAUCAUAUCGAAGAUCGGCCAUGCUAAUGUCCUUUUCAUCGGUUUUAUUUUUUACGCUGUUAGGCUUUGUGGUUACUCUUUGAUUUACAAUCCUUGGCUUACAUUGAUCUUCGAGGCUCUCGAAUCAGUUACAUCGUCUCUCAGUUUCACGGCAGCUGUUACUUACGCAGCAAAAUUAUCUACCUCUACAACGGACACCUCGAUACAGGGAUUACUCGGUGGACUUUAUUAUGGAGUUGGUAAAGGUUCUGGUAGUUUGGUCGGUGGUUAUCUGAUGAAAGCAUUCGGUACCAGACCGACGUAUCAGAUCUUCGCUGUGAUCUCCUUAGUGACCGGUUUAAUAUACUUCUUCUUCAAUGCGUUGUAUUUGAAGAAAAGGCCUCAAGUCGAAGGGAACGACAUUGUAAAGAAAAAACCAAAGACGAUGACGGAGAAUCAGAAUGGUCUUGAUCGUGGUAUCGUUGAGAUCGCUUUGGACGAAAAGAAUCAGCAUCGAACGGACAAUGAAAAGGAGAAGAAAUCGAUCGAUGCGCUUGGAAUCGACAACGAGAAUUUUGUCAUGGAAAAGGAUAUCUCCCCGAAGGAUCUCGAGGCUAUUAAAAAUGCGAAAAAUCUCGAAGCUAUUGAAAAAUCAUCGAUUACGACUAAUCAAGAGAAAAUCGAGGGACAAAAUGGAUUGGUCAAUCCUAAUUUUAUAGAGGGCCAAGAGGAUGAGGAUUGUAAUAUUACGAUAGAGAUACGACCGGACAUUUAAAAUAUAUAUAAGUUCCUUUCGAAGAUCUCUGAAUAAUUUACGAAGAAGGAAAGAACGAUUAAUUAAAAAGGGAAGGAAGAAUGUGCGAACCCUUUUUAUUCUUAAUUAUCCGAUCGUGUGUCCUUUAGAGAAACGUAUACAUAUAUUUUUUCUUUCUCCUUUCUUCUUCCCCCUUUUUUUCUACAAAUUUCCGUAACAAUUUCAUAAUCGUUCCGUAUAUACGAAUUGUUAUAACGAUGAUUAUCAUUUAAUGAUAAAUAAGAUUUCGAUAGUAUGUAAAUUAUAUAGUUAAUGUUUUUUGUAUAUAAAAGUUGUAUAGUUAAUGUACGUUGUAAAUAUUGUUCUUGGCAGGAGACAUGGCAAACUUUACCUUUUAUAUAUAUAUAUAUACACACAUACAUAAAUGUGUGUGUGUGUGUAUGUAUAUAUACAUAGUACACACACACACACGCACACACAUUUUUUUUCUGUACGAUAAUAUGCUUAAUAGAUAGAUAUGUUUCAUUAGAAAUGGAUGAUGAGUUUUCUAUGAAAACAAUAAUCCUGUAAACCAUAUAAAUAUAAAUGAUUACUUAUUA